AUGAGUAAGGACUGUUUGGAUUGGACUCGUCAUUGCCUGUCGUGUCAGAAAAAUAAAGUAUCGAAGCAUGAAGCAGCACCUCUUGCUGAGCUUGCUUUACCGUCCCAAAGGUUUGAGCAUAUUCAUGUCAACUUGGUUACUUUACCGUUGUCGAAAGGGUUCAAGGACUAUCUCACAAUUAUAGACAGGUUUACAUGGUAUCCAGAGGUGGUGCCACUACCGGACAUCAGGACAGAAACAGUAGUUCGUGCACUUCUCUAUCACUGGAUCGCGAGGUUUGGAGUACCUCUCAGGAUCACGUCAAACAGAGGAGGCCAGUUUAUCGCGGAUAUUUACCGACGUCUGACAGAGAUGUUGGGAAUUCGACGCAAGCUUACUACGCCAAUUGAUCCCCAGGCUAACGGACUCGUGGAGAGACUGCAUCGCCAGUUAAAAGCUGCACUUCGCUGCCACGGCGAUAGCUGGUAUGAUGUUUUGCCGUUGGUUUUGUUAGGACUCCGCACCGCUUGGAAACCUGAUGCUGAACGCACACCUGCUGAGCUCACCUACGGAGAAGCAAUUCGGCUCCCAGGUGAAUUGUUUACACCAACGAACGAUCGAGCAGCUCCGGAAGUUUUGAGGGAUCUCUGUAGACAUUUCGCGGCGGUAGCACCCACUGAGAUGUCUCGUCACGGAACCAAGCCAACUAUCGUCCACAAGAGCCUUGCCGAUUGCACGCAUGUUUUCAUCAGGACAGAGACUGGAGGACCGAAUAUCGCAGCUCCAUACUCUGAACCAUAUCGCGUCGUCAGCAGGCACGAUAGACAUUUUGUUGUCCACUGUAGGUCACUAGGGAGAGGCAACUAUCUUCAAGACGUUCCUAUCUCUAUCGACCGCCUCAAACCUGCGUUCAUUCUUCCCGAGGACAUGGAACAGGUUCGGCAGCUUCCUGCAGAAGCUUGUCCACGACAUCAACAGCGGCAACGACAGCAAGCAACAGCAGCCACGGCAGUAGGAACCUCUGGCCAGCCCAGGAAGGUCACUUUUAACGACCGAUUGGAAACACGAACUUACGACCCCAGGCAACCUCCGGACUCGAGCAUCACGACACCCGGGAGACAGCAGAGAAUUUCCACGCUAUCCUGUCGUUGA